AUGCCGAGUGGCGAGGCCGCAGGGCAGCCCGGCCACGGCGUCGGCGGCGACGGCGACGGCGGGGGCGGCGACCGGGUGUGGGAAAAGGACGGCAGCGGCGGCGGCGGUGGCGGUGGCGGCGGCUCCGCCAUGGCCACCGCCGCCGUCGCCGCCGAUGUUUUCCGGGCGGGCGCUGGUGCGGAGGCGGUGGCUGCAGCGGUGCGCUUCGCCGGCGGAAGAGGAGGUGACGGCGGAGGCGGAGGCGCGCUGUUGAAUAAAUUAGCCGCCCCCGCCCCGGCGGCACCGCUGGGGAAGACAGCGAAAUUGCCGCCGUUCUCGGCGUCGCUUCGCGCGUACGGCGCGCGCGAGCGCCUAAAUCACAGAGCUACAGCGGGCAGGCGACGGAGGGAUGGAGAAGGGCAGGCGGCGCGACCGAGGCGAGUAAUGGAUCAAGGGGAGCGGCGCUGCGGCGCGACUUUCGCCAAACAGCGUGCGAAUGGAGAAGAUGUGGGUGGUUGGAGCGGUAAACUGAUCCCUCCUAAUUGCAAACGUCUUGCUUUUGUGUUGCAGGGCACGUCGAGCGUCGGCGGUGGCCGCAACGGGAGCCGCGGCGGCAGCGGGCGGAACAGCGCGUCGGGACCUCCCGGCUGCCACAGCACGCCCACGCCCGCAGGCGCCACGCGACCGGCGUCUCGCCCGUGCCCCGCGGGCGUGGUGUGCGCGCUGGACGAGCUGAAGCGCGAGGUGGGGCGCGCGCGCGAGGCCAUCCGCUGGCUGGAGGCGCAGUUCCAGCGCGGCAACCGCUUCCUGCGCGCGCAGCGCCAGCACGAGCGCCUGCCGCUGCCGCUCAUCAAGUACCCCAAGAAGAAGGACCGCGAGGCCUGGUUUUUCUUCCAGAUCGUUGAAUGCUGCUACUACUUCAGCCAGCAGAAUGGUGUGCAUGAGCUCACUCCUGAGACAUCUUUGGUGACACUCCUGACGGGGCAGCAAUCACCCCUUGAUGACCCCAGCCGUGCCUACAGCCCUUUGGGAGUGGCACGCUCUGCAGGGGUCAAUCUUGAGCACAUAGAGGCGUUCCAUGCCAAGUGGAAGACUUCGAGCAAAAGCCACGGCUGAAAUGGCCGCUGCCGCUCCUCUGCACGGAGCAGGUGAUACGUGAUGAGCCGCAGCCUGCAGCCUCCCCGAGGGCGCACCGUGAGUGCAAGGGGGGAUGCCAGGCGACAAGCGCCCAGUGCGCACUUGGAGCAAGUAAGUGACCCAUCCCGCCAGCUCCCAUCGGCAGCCACAGAGCAGCUACGGUUGAGCAUGGUUGAGUUCAUUUCAGCGUUCUUGUUUGUAAGAUUUUUCAACACCACAAUCAUGUAAUUUUCUGCUUAUUCCAUGCACUAGUGCAUUGCAUUUUCCUGUUCAUUUUUGCAAUGCUUAAGAAUAACCAUGCUGCUUUCAAGAAAUUUUGAUUUCCCUUUGUAAUCUUACGUGGUAUAUGUGAAUUGUAUACUUAUAGAUAAUAGUAUGUCCAACUUGGUCUUAUUUCUUAUAAUUUUACAUAUGGCUUUAUGUAGAUUGUGUGGUUUAUCUUUAUCUCACUUACCUUUUAAGUCCAUUUUCAAACUAAUUAGAGGCUAUAAAAGAUGUGUAAUUUCUUGAGUCAAUCUUCAUUAUCAGCCACAUAAUGAAAAUAGCCUUCUAAUCUGUAUCCUAUUUACAAUUUCUUUGAUUGAAUAUGAUGAACUUCAUUUUGUCUCUGUAUAAUGUUUGACAAAAUAAUGAAUAUUAUAAGUAGAUGAAAUGGA